CGAGGUAAAGUUUUUUGUGUGUGUAGUCCACAUCCAUUCAAACUUUUACUCCCGCUUUUCUUUCACAUUCAUCACUGUCAUCUCUCUGUUCAAUUGACAAAGAGAAAGAGACUGACAAAAGCCAAUCUAUAAAGAACCUCUUUCAUUCAUUCUUGAUAGCAACAAUGUCCGCUUUGUCCAGUGUCGAGAUUGGCGAUGCACCACAAAAGGGUCAUGGUAAGAUCCGUAGGGCUGCCAUCAGUCCUGAUGCUUUGGUAGAACGUCCAUCUGAAGGAAAUUGCAAUUCUAUGGCUGAUGUUUUGGACUUUGCAGUCAAAAAGUUCACAAACAAACCAGUGAUGGGAGAACGUGAUUUGAUCAAAGUACACAAAGAAGAAAAAGAAAUCACAAAAAAGGUUGAUGGAAAAGAGGUAAAGGAAAAGAAAACCUGGGAAUACUCUGAAUUGAGCGAUUAUCAUUACUUGACUUACAGUGAAUUCUACGAACAAGUUCAAGCUGUCGGUAGUGGUUUGCGUGGACUUGGCUUGUCACACGAUACAAGAUUCAACAUUUAUGCUUCCACCUCUCUCAACUGGCAAAAGAUGGCUCACUCUUGUUUCCAACAAAACAUUCCUUUCUGCACUGCUUAUGAUACUUUGGGAGAAGAUGGUUUACAGCAUUCACUCUCUGAGCCUGACGUCGUUGGUAUCUUUACAAACCCUAAACUUCUCAAAACAUUGACAAACGUAAUCGGUAACACACCCACAGUCAAGACUGUCAUUUAUGACGGAAAGGCAGAACAAGAACAAUUGGACAAAUUAAAAGAAGCAAUGGGCGAUCGUGAAGGCGUUCAAAUCAUUCAUUUGGACGAAGUAUUGAAACAAGGAAAAGCCAACAAAGUUGAACCACAUAAGCCAAAGCUGGAAGAUGUUGCAUGUAUUAUGUACACUUCCGGUAGUACAGGAGCACCAAAGGGUGUGAUCUUGACCCAUCAAAACUUGAUCGCAGCUUUGGGAGCAAUUGAAAAGUUGAUCGGUCAUCAUUUGAAGCCAACGGAUACAUUCUUGGCUUAUUUGCCUUUAGCACACAUUUUGGAAUUCAUUGUUGAAUCUGCAUGCUUGUAUGUUGGUAUCACAAUGGGUUACGGUAGCGUCAAAACACUCACUUCAGCAAGCACGCGCAAUUGUGAAGGUGAUUUGGCCGCAUUCAAGCCAAGUGUGAUGGUCGGUGUUCCAGCUGUUUGGGAGACGAUUCGUAAGGGUAUCAAUGCAAAGGUUUCUGGUGGACCUGCAGUUGCUCGUGCUUUCUUCAAAGCAGGUUAUGCUGCCAAGAAGAACAAAGUUCCAGUUUUGUCCGGAGCUGCAGAUGCGAUUGUGUUUAGCAAGGUUAAAGCACAAACCGGUGGCCGUUUACGUUUAGCAUUGAGUGGUGGUGCAGCUAUUCACAAGGAAACUCAACAAUUCUUGGAAAUCGCAUUGGUGUCUAUUUUGCAAGGAUACGGUUUGACGGAAACUGUGGGAAUGUGUGCAAUCUUGGUACCUGAAUUGAUGCAAUACGGUUCAGUAGGCGUUCCCGUGCCUGCCGUUGAAGUUAAAUUGGUUGAUGUGCCUGAUGCCGGUUACUUUGCAACUAAGAACCAAGGUGAAAUCUGGAUUCGUGGACCUGCAGUGAGCAAAGGAUACUUUAAGCGUGAAAAGGAGACAAAGGAAGCCUUUACCGAAGAUGGAUGGUUCAUGUCUGGUGAUGUCGGUCAAUGGAACAAGGAUGGUACACUUUCUAUCAUUGAUCGUAAGAAGAAUUUGGUCAAAUUGGCAGGAGGUGAAUACAUUGCAAUCGAACGUUUAGAGUCGGUUUACAAAUCAUGCGAUUACGUACAAAACUUGUGCUUGCACGCUGAUUCUAAUGCCAAGCAGCCGAUGGCAAUCGUUUUCCCCAAAGAGGACAAUUUCCGUAAAUUACAAGGAGCAGACGCAAGCACAGACUUUGCUGAAUUGUGCAAGAAGAAAGAGUUGGUUAAUGCCGUUCUUAAAGAAUUGAACUCUGUUGGAAAACAAUCCAACUUUUCUACUAUGGAACAAUUGCAAACUGUUAUCCUCGUUCCUGAAGAUCUUCCAGUAACUGCUGCUCAAAAGAUUCAAAGAAAACAAGCUGUGGAGAAGUACAAGGAGCAAAUUGAUAAGAUUUACCCUUGAGAGGAGAAGUGUGAAGAUUUUUUCUCAUUCUACUUUCUUUUAGUUUCAAGAUACCAGCCUCCUUGUUCUGCCUUUUUUCUCCCGCGACAUCACACAUUGUACGCCAUCUGACACACACGCACACACAAUUCAAGUUCUUUCCAUCGUACAAUUCAGCCCUUCAAUCCCCGCCUUUUCUACUUCUUCUCUGUAUAUAUUUUGCAUAUUUCAAUGAUUGAUGACCUGAAUUGAUGUUUGCCGGUCAUCCCCGCUU